CCGAUAUUUACGCGUUAGACGUUAUCGCAUGUUUUGGUUGUGAGGGUCCAUAUAAAACACUGAUAGGUGGCUAUCGGCGUCGAUGUGCGGACAAACCAGGCCACUUUCCUCAAGAAUUCUUUAAAUUUUAAAAAAUUUCAGAAAAGAGGUUGAGCGUUAUUUGUUUGUUGAGAUGGCAGAUGAAUUGGGUCGCCAUGGCUCGAGAGCCUCAAAUGCAGAUGCCGUUCUAGCGGGUAUGGGGUAUAAGAGCGAACUCCCGAGGUCGUUGAGCAUGAUGAGUAUAUUGGGACUUUCCUUUGCCAUCAUGGCCGUCCCAUUUGCAGGUCUCAGUACCACCAUGGCGAUCUCGUUGACAGACGGACAAUCGGUCACCGUUCUCUAUGGCUGGAUAUUUGUCUCCCUGAUCUCCCUCAGCAUCGCAGCCUCCCUUGCAGAAAUAUGUGCCGUUUAUCCAACAGCCGGAGGAGUUUAUUACUGGAGCGCCAUGCUUAGCACCAAGAAAUAUGCUCUAGUAGUUAGUUGGAUCACAGGUUGGCUCACACUUGUCGGAAACUGGACUGUCACUUUGAGCAUCAAUUUUUCCGGGGCCCAAUUGAUCCUCUCUGCCAUCACGUUAUGGAACGAGGAUUUUGUUGCCAAACAGUGGCAGGUGGUUCUCAUUUUUUGGGCUGUGAUGCUCAUCGCUUUCACGGUAAAUGUGUCUUGUGCUAAGUACCUGGAUUUGAUCAACAAGAUCUGCAUCUACUGGACUGCAGCAUCCGUCAUUAUCAUUGUCAUCACGAUUCUCGUUAAGUCUGAUAACCGCCGGAAUGCAGAGUUUGUUUUCACUCAUUUCGAUGCUAGUGCUUCAGGCUGGCCGAGCGGGUGGGCUUGGUUUGUUGGUCUCCUUCAAGCAGCUUAUACUUUGACUGGAUAUGGCAUGGUGGCUGCCAUGUGCGAAGAGGUCCAGAUGCCAGAACGAGAAGUCCCUCGCGCCAUGGUGCUAUCAGUCGCUGCAGCAGGAAUGACCGGAAUCAUCUACCUGAUACCAAUCCUGUUCGUGCUUCCAGACGUGAGCCUUCUUCUCAGCGUCGCCAAUGGGCAACCAAUUGGACUGGUCUUCAAGAUAGCAACAGGAUCCGCAGGCGGUGGAUUCGCCUUGCUCUUCCUGAUUCUGGGAAUCCUAUUCUUCGCUGGAGUUGGGGCUUUGACUGCUGCGAGUAGAUGCACGUAUGCUUUUGCUCGUGAUGGUGCUAUCCCCGGCUCCAGGUUCUGGGCUCGUGUUGACAAGCAUUUGGAUAUUCCACUCUGGGGUUUGGUACUCUCAACAGUCGUCGAUUGCAUCCUGGGAUGCAUUUACUUCGGAUCCACAAGUGCGUUUAAUGCUUUCACUGGAGUAGCAACCAUCUGCCUCUCAGUGUCUUACGGCAUUCCUAUCCUUGUGUCACUUAUUCGUGGUCGAAAAGCUGUUCGACAUUCUACCUUCUCUCUCGGUAGAUUUGGUUUCGUUAUUAACGCCGCUACGGUUGCAUGGAUUCUGUUGGCUAUUGUGCUAUUCUGUAUGCCGACUGCCAUUCCUGUUACACCCGUUAGUAUGAACUAUGCGUCCGUGGUGUUCAUGGGCUUCGCGUCGAUCAGUGUGAUAUGGUAUGUUAUCAGAGGUAGAAAGGCGUUCACGGGGCCGCCGGUUCCUGCAGAUAUUGAGCCAGAACACGAUGGGGAGGUGGUUGGGGGGUUUGGGCGGGUUGUAACUGAGAGAGAAAAAGCUUCAAAUGGUAGCACGGCGAGCAAGAAUGAGCCUGCAGCCCCUAAAUAGAAUCAGCUUGAGCGCAAUCCAUCAUAUUUUUCCAACCAAGAGACGUGACAAGGAUGUAGGAUUUGAUAAUGCCCUGAUAUUGUUCCGGAAAAGGUUGAUACAAGGACGAACCCGGAGAGGAGUCCACCAGUAAGGUGGGGCUGGCUGGUGCGUUCUCACUAUCUUUGGUGCGUGGAU